AUGAUUCAUGAUGGUGCUUACCUUUCUUCAGGUACAUUUAUUAACGGAGCAGCACAUCAUGCUCUUCAUCACCUAUAUUUUAAUUAUAAUUAUGGACAAUAUUUUACUAUUUGGGAUAAAAUUGGUAAUAGUCAUCGUUUACCUGGUGAGGAGCAAUAUGAUAUCAACAAAAGAAAGGAUGGAAAGAUUUGGCAAAAACAAGCAAAAGAAGUUGAUGGUUUUGAUGAAAAUGGUAAAGAAAAAAAACUAAGCAAAAAAAGCAUCAAAAAAAAACAUUUAUAA